AUGUUUGUGGCACCGGGAAUAUGUUGGAUCUUCAAGUUAAACUCUUGGAGCAAAAGCGUCCAUCGACCUGGAAGAGCUGUUAAAAUAGGACUCAGUGAUUUAAAAGAUAUUCGAACUACCGAACAAAUUAAAAAUAUGUUUCGAACAUUUUGUGACGUUGAAAAGCCAUUUGUGAUUGAAUUCGAUGAAAACUCUAAAAAUUGUCUGCAAAAUGUAAAGUUAAAAGAUAUAGAAAAUGGAACAUAUAUUGAUUCUAAAUAUAUAUUGAAAUAUAUAUCAAUACAAAGUGAAGAUUCUAUUGAAAAACCACAAAAUAUUACUAAAAACGAGACACUGUCGAUAAAUUCACCUGAACUAGAAGUCAUAUCAAAUAUUGAAUUGAGAACUAAAAAAAAUAAUGAUUCAAAUAAAUGGCGAAAUGGAGAUCAUGUUGAAUUUUUAAGUGGAUGUAAUGUCGAUGAGAUUUUUGUAAGAAAUAUAAGAUUAUAUGAAGAAUUUAAAAAUGUUUUAGACCAACUAAAAGGAGAAAAUAGUGAAAAAUACAAACCAGUUCCUGUUAAGGCUAAUGAUUAUGUGGCAGUAUAUUCUACAAAGAAUAAUGGAGGGAUUUAUAGAGGUUGGAUCAUGGAAUCGAAUUUUGACAAUGCAAAUAAUGCGGUGAAAUGUAUUUUAAUCGAUAUUGGUCAAAUUGAAAUGAUCCCAUCAAAAAAUAUAUUUUUAUUGCCCACAUAUGUUUCAUUAAAUAACUUACCAAUAAUGGUACGAAGAGUGGCACUCGGGGGUUUACAUAAGAUUUUAAAUCCCGCGAUAAGGCUUUUUUUAGAUUCAUUAAGAGGCAAAACAUAUAUUAUGGAAUAUAAAGCAUACUCCGGAGAAGGGAGAAAACCAAAAGUAAUUUUAAAAAAAUUAGAAAAUAGCGUGUCUCUUAAUGACGAAAUUCAAAAGAUAUUUAAGAAUGAAUCUUUUCCUUUGGAGAUAAUAUCUUAGCAGUGAAGACUGGAUAGAAAUAUUAUUAGUAAUUUAUUGUAUUUUUAAAAAUUUAAUUAUGAUAUUCACGAAUUUCAUUUUUCUAUGAAUACAGGGCCGGCCCUUGUUUUCGUGGGGCCCGGACAAAAUCAUUGUCCAUGUCUUUUUAGAAAAAAAAAAUAUAUAUUUAAUUAACAUAUUGAAUUAUGUUCAAUAAUUAUUUUAUUAAAUAUAAUCAAAUAAGUAAUAACGCAUACAAUUAGUAAAAGACAAAAGUCGUAUACUCAUAUAUUAUUAUCCUAAUGGUAGGUUAUCGACAAUACAUUUUUUAACUGUUCUUCUAUAAUAUGUUUACACAUUAUUAUAUUAUAGUCUCUGCUAUACCUACGUUCUACUAACUAUGUAAUACAGGUUAAUUAUUGAUAAAACAAGCUAACGAUACGCGCUUUGGUGGAAUACUCAUCAACUCGCAUUAUAGGAAUGAAGAGAUAUAAUUUUAUAUUGGUUAUUUUACUUUUUAUAAUAAAUUAAUUUGGUUAUCGAAACUUUAUUAUUAUUUGC